AUAUAUAUCUGUGGAUCUGUCUUUGUCGGAUUACCCACUUCGCCAUGUCUUCUCUCCGCUUAUUAUCUGUUCCGUUGUUGUUGUUGACGUGUGUUUUUAAAUUAGAUGAAAGUAGUAAAGAACUAAACUUUGGUAGUGAAACUGUAGUUAGACAGUGUCUUAUUGAUCCGAUUCUUAUUGCUAACAGGUUUUUGUUCUUCUGGGUUUUCGACUCGACCGAUUAUUUAACAGAAAGUGAUUUGCUUUUUCUUCUAGAUUCUGUAUAAUUGUGUUGUGACAAGUAAUUGGUUCAAGUUAAUCUGUAUAGUUGUGCUGAUAAGAGAAAUCACUGUAUCUGGUAUGAAUUCAUUUCUCUUCAAAAAGUCUCUCUUUUUUUAAUGGCAAACAUUUUCUGAAGAUCUUCCAUCAUUGAUUUUGCUUUUACAUCUGUACACACACAUUAUCUGAACAUGCAUCAUGUGCUCACUCACUCCUUGGAACUUCUUUCUUUCAUAGAUCCUUACCAUUCUGUAAUUAACUCUAAUUUCUCUUAAAAUGAAGCUAGAAGAAUCAUUAGAAUAAGAACUAGUGAACAAAAGGAAUAUGGGAACUCACAUCAAUUUCAAUAACUUAGGAGGUGGUGGAAGUAACCAGAUGAAGCCAACAGAUACUCCCAAUCCCUUGGCGAGACAGUCCUCUGUUUAUUCCCUAACCUUUGAUGAGCUUCAGAGCACAUUCUGUGGACCGGGGAAAGAUUUAGGGUCGAUGAACAUGGAUGAGCUCCUGAAGAGCAUAUGGACUGCUGAAGAAGCUCAGGCCAUGACUUCUUCAGCGGUUGCGCAACCCAACGACGGUGUGAAUCUCCAGAGGCAAGGCUCGUUGACUUUGCCUAGAACGAUCAGUCAGAAGACUGUUGAUGAGGUCUGGAAAUUCCUGAUCGCCAAGGAUGGUGACAUGGGAGGUAGCAGCAAUGUUGAGUCUAAUGCACCUCCUGGGAGGCAGCAGACUCUAGGGGAGAUGACGCUUGAGGACUUUAUGUUUCGCGCUGGCGUUGUAAGAGAAGAUAACAACCUAUCAUUCAAUGGUGGUAAUGAUUCCAUGAUCUUGAAUCAGCCACAACAUCAGUUUCAGCAACAGUCACAUCCACAGCAGCAGCAUCCUCACCAGGGGCUGCCUCAAACCAUUUUUCCUAAACAAGGAAACGUAGAAUUUACUGCGCCUGUGGGUAUGGUCAACAAGGGCUUCACUGAGGCUGUGAAUAACUCCAUGAACAAUGAUAAUGGAUUAGCUAGUUUCAGAAGAGAAGGGGUUAAAAUUGCAGCAACAUCUCCAGGGACAAGCAGCGCGGAGAAUAAUUCCUUGUCACCAGUUCCUUAUGUGCUUAACCGAGGAAGAAGAAGCAAUACGGGUGUAGAGAAGGUUAUCGAGAGGAGGCAAAGGAGGAUGAUCAAGAACAGGGAAUCAGCUGCUAGAUCUAGAGCUCGGAAGCAAGCUUAUACCUUGGAACUGGAAGCCGAAAUUGAAAAGCUCAAGAAAGUGAAUCAAAAAUUGCAGGGAAAACAGGCUGAAAUGAUGGAGAUGCAGAAGAAUGAGGUGAAUGAACCGUCGAAGCAACCGUGGGGCAGCAAGAGGCAGUGCCUGAGAAGGACACUAACCGGUCCUUGGUAAAAUCAGAAUGUAGCAACAUGUACCGAUCAUACCAGACACCGGUUUGCAUGGGAAUAAUGUACUAGGAGAUAGUGAUACCUGUACAGAAGAUUAAGAGAAAUUUUAUUAAGUGAGAAUCUCAGGUUACACAGUAGAAGUAUCAUAUUAUGUUUUGUGCCCUGGCCUUCAUUAGUCUAGCUAGGUAGGUUAGAUAAUAUUAUGUUUUGUGCUUUCUAGUGUUAUGGGGUUUUCUACAAGCGUUAUUUAUAUGUUCACCACUUAUUAGAAAUUUGCUUUUCUCCUGAGAUUUACAGUUAAAUUUUGAUUCUGUUAGAAAACA